GUAUAUAUAUAAUAUUCAUUACCUUACCCUAAAUUCUGUUAGUUUCCUGAUACCUGGAAGCAGUCAAAUCAUAUAUUUUAAAGAGAAAAGCUUAGAAAUCUUCUUUCUUCGGGUAAAAUUCAACUCUCGUGCAAGAUUCAAAUGCCCCAGUCCAAUACCUUGAUCCUUAUAAUAGUCCCGAGAGGUUUGGAGGAAAUCCAGAAGCCAGAAGCCAUAAGCCCUAGGGUUUCAACCUUGGGCAUCAGUUUUUCAAACAAGCAUUACCUCACCCUAAAGUCCGUUAAAAAAUAGCUUCAUUCAAAGAGAAAAGCCCAGAAAUCUUUCCUUCUGCGGGUGAAAUUCAACUCUCGUGCAAAAUCUAAAUGCCCGAGUCCAAUACCUUGCUACAUAUAGUAGUCCUGAGAGCUUUGAAGGAAAGCCAGAAGCGCUAGGGUUUCAGCUUCGGGCGUCAAUUUUUCAAAUUACGACGGAGCAGAAGAUGGAGGUAAAUGAAGCAGAACCAAAAGCAAUUAACGGGAGCCUAAGCCACAAGGAAGAGAAACGGCUGUCAAAAGAGCCUCUGCAAGUACAAGGCACUCCUUCGGCCUUUGACGCCCCAAGGCCGCCAAAACGCCGUCGAUGGCUCUGCGGCUGCUGCAUCUCCUGUGGCGUUUUCGUCGUCGCCCUAGCCAUAGUCAUACUCGUUCUGGCCUUGACGAUUUUCAAGACAAAGGAUCCCAGAAUAACCCUAAAUUCCAUCGCAUUUGGGGAUUUUAGCACUGGUGUGGAUGUGGGAGCUUUGACGGUCCACGUGAAUUUGACGCUCAUAGCGGACAUGUCGAUCAAGAACCCUAACAAAGCAGCCAGUUUCAAGCAUGGCAACAGCACAACUGUUAUGUUGUACAAUCGCGAGACUGCGGGGGAGGCCACUCUUCCCGCGGGCAAAAUAAAGGCAGACGGAACCAGCAGGAUGAAUGUUUCUGUGACGGUCUAUGUUGACAACUUGGUGUCAAGUGGUUCUCAGAUAAUCAGAGAUGGGUUUGCAGGGAGCCUGAAUAUGACCACCAGGACUGAGAUCUCUGGGAAGGUUACUGUUAUACGUCUCAUAAAAAAGCAUGUCACUGUGUAUGCUGAAUGUGAUGUUAAUGUCGAUAUCUCUUCCAGGGAUAUUGAGAUAUAUCGCUGUACAAAGAGCUUGAAGAUAUGACAGGUCUGCUGCUCUUUACCAGGGGAGACUUUUUUCAGUUUAAUUAUAUAGUUUUUCUACUUUUUACACUUAAUAAA